UUCAAGAAAUGCACGUUGUCUCCUGCUGUUAAGAGCUGCAAGGAUGUCUGAGCCAAGGCAGGUGGCUGCCAGAGCCUCCCUUAUUGAGCAACUGAUGAGGAAUUUUGAGGAUCUUGGCAAACACCUUGCCGAGCUGGAGGCUCUUCUGGUGACCAAAGAGCAUCUCCAGGAGACGGCCGUGGUCAGGGCGGUGUACAGCGUCCUCAGAAACUGCCCUACGGUAAAGAAAGCCAAGCGUUUGCUGUCAGAAUGGAGAGCGCUUCAUAAGGAUCUCCGCUUCUCACCGAGGGACAGCCCUCCGUCUCUCCCUCCGGGCAGAAUGGAAGAAAAGCCCGGACUUCCUCGUGACCCAAGUCAGGAUGAGCUGUCAGGCGGCUCCAGUUCUAAUUCAUCGUCCCACAGUGUGGCGGGAGCCCUGGAAACGCUUGUGCCUGAAAAUAGCACGAGUCACAUGGAGCCCAGGGACGAGCAUCUCGGGGAGCCGCCCGAUCCCGCCGCUCCUGUGAGAGCCAGAUGCACAGAGCUCCUCUAUGAAGCCCUAACGAGUGCUUGCACGGAUCGGCCUAAGGCUGAUGUGUGGCAAGACUUGGCGAGAGAAAUUGAAGGGCACCUUUUUACCCUUCACUCGAAGAACCUCAGAAAGUACAAAACUUGCAUUCGAAGCAAAGUUGCCAACCUGAAGAACCCCCAGAAUUCUCACCUGCAACAGAACUUGCUCUCUGGGACCACGUCUCCGAGAGAAUUUGCUGAAAUGACGGCGAUGGAGAUGGCAAGCGAGGAGCUGAAGCAGUUGAGAGCCUCCUACACGAAGUCUGGCAUACGGGAGCGCCACCUUCCCCAAGCUGCCGGGGGCACGCCGACCGGGAAAAUAAAGUGCAGGCGCUGUGAGAAGUUCAACUGCGAGGUCACCGUAAUCGCCCGAGGAACGCUCUUCCUGCCAAGCUGGGUGCGGAAUUCAAGUCCAGAUGAAGAGAUGAUGACCUACGUGAUCUGUAACGAAUGCGGGGAGCAGUGGUACCAUAGCAAGUGGGUGUGCCUGUGACUGCCAACGAGUGUUCUCGUAACCAAGAACCGG